AUGUAUCUUAAUGUCAAGCUGCCAUAUCCUGAUGCCAAGUUGUUGCAUUCUGAUGUCAAGUUGCCAUAUCCUGAUGCCAAGUUGAUGCAUGCUGAUAAGUUGUUGCACCAUGAUGUCCAGCUGCCAUAUCCUUAUGCCAAGUUGUUACACCAUGAUUCCAAGGUGUCUCAUUCAAAUGUCAAGUUUCCAUAUCCUGAUGCCAAGUUGUCGCAUCCUGAUGUCAAAUUGCCGUGCCUUGAUGUCAAGUUGUUCCAUCUUAAUGUCAAGUUGUUGCACCACGAUGCCAAGUUGUUGCAUUCUGAUGUCAAGUUGUUACAUUCUGAUGUCAAGUCGCCGUACUUUGAUGUCAAGUCGCCGUACCCUGAUGUCAAGUCGCCGUACCCUGAUGUCAAGUUGCACCCUGAUGCCAAGUUGUUUCAUCUUGAUGUCAAGCUGUUGUAUCCUGGUGUCAAGUUGUUGCACCCUGAUAUAAAAUGUUUACACUAUAUUGUGACAUUUUAUUGA